AGAAGAUAAUAAACAAAAAGAAUCCGCUGCUCAUGAAUCUGCUCGAGAAUGCGUCGCGUUGGGUCCGUGCGGUUUGUUUGAGCGUUUCUGCUUUAACGAGAGACCAUCUUGGGGCUGCAAAAUGACAGAUGUGCCCAGAAUGAAGCGCAAUGGUGCGCGACUUUUUAAGAACCCUCCGCAGCCGCAUAUGUGCAUAGAAGAUUAUAUACAGGGCACUACUGCACCAUGUUACGUAAAUGUACUGUCUUGGGAUAAAAUUGCAAUGCCUCGCAGACCUUCACUGCCCGUGCCGCUCUAUGGAGGUAUGAGAGUACCACCACCUCGCACAAAAACAGAGGCUAUUGUGUUUGCUGUAAUGGCCAAUCCAGAAGUCCUACGAAUGAGUGGCAAGAAUGCUCAGGAUCCAAAGAAGCGUAUGAGCUUUAUCGAACUACUACUAGACUUUGUAGAAGCAAUGAAUGUAGGAGUUUUCUUUACUCGUCAUUAUACAAUUCUAAAAGACCGAGAUAUCACGGGCGAGUUAAAAGAAGUUUGGAAUGCUGUGUUAGCCAUUCGCGAUAGCGAGCAGCGUCCACCUCAACAAGAAACCUGGAUCGAUGCUCAACCCUCUAUAUCACAGUAUCCUCAGUAUCCAGAACAACAGCAGCAGCAGCAGCAGCAAGAGUACGCACCACAACCACCGCAGUAUCACUCGAACAGUAUCUUACGAACUACUUAUGGCAAAACUAUUGGUAAUGAAAAUAUGCAUUACGACAAUUAUGGUCUUCAGCCUCAGAGUCCGGUAAUUCCCAAGAACGAGCCGAUUUUUAUAUCCGGUCCUAUUUUGUCGAAGCAGUAUCAUAAUAAAGUUCCUCAAGUACUCUCACUUGAUCAUUACAAUUAUCGGGAACACGGCAGAGAAGAUCAAAUCAUGCAAAAUGUUAUUACUGCGCAGCAUCAAUUUCAACCUAGACAACCAUGGCCACAUGGGUACGUGAAUACUACAUAUAUGCAUCCUAAUUCGAAUCUGCCGUACGGACCGGCCGCAAAUACUCCUCCAAUGAUUAACCCUUCGAGUCCGAUCAAACCUUUUCAGUCAUACGGCGCUUAUCAACAACAAUCGCCGCCGCCGCCGCCGUCGCCGCGUAUGGAUAACGUGAUGCACGUUGACAUUCGCAGGAUGCAGCAGCAACAACAGCAACCACAAAUGCACUUGAAUACUGUACAACCGCAACCACAUGAGCAGCCUGGACCGUUUAAUGUACAAAAUAAUGUGCACAGAACGGGUAGACCGCACAUGGGAGUAAUUCAGAAGAAUAACGCUACUAAGAGGCAAAAUUCGCCUAUACCUACUUGUACAAAUUGCCAAACGAAGGAAGAUCAAUCCUUGACAAAGCCGAAAAGUCCCGUUAAGGUUCUUCAAAGAGAAACACCGACGGAGCGGCAGGAUAUAACUAAUCAUACGGAGAAUAAUAAAGUUUCAGGAGAAAAAACGGAGGAACCGAAGACUGUUUUAGCGACAGAUCUGAAUGAGGAUCUAAAAAAGGAUAAUGAAGUCGUGAUUGCAGAUACGUCGACGAAAAAAGAAGAUAUCGACAAUCCGGAAACGGCGUGUACCAUUGGUGACCCGCCAUGUGAGGAGAAUUCUGUACAAAUAGAUAAGCCUUCAGAAACGAAAGAGACGGAAGUGCCAGUAACACCACAAUCAACUGUUCAGAAGAAUCUUAACAAGUUUACCAGGAGCAAUGCGCGAACGCGAAAAAUGACGAGAAAUGAUAAACAUAAUACUCUCGCGUCGGAGAGUCCGAAACGCUCGCAGCCAACGAUGAAUAGCAUCAUCAAGAGCGUGUUCAAGAUCAACCCGAGCGGAUCCGGCGAAGAGACAUCUAACAAGAGAAAAGUGAACGGUCAAACGAAGACGGUUAAUGGUAAAGCGACGUGCGAGAACGAGGAACAGGGACAGGGAUACACGAUAUUAAAGAAAGAGGCUCAGGAGGACAUAGUGAGCGAGAUUGCUCAGAUAUCGAUUCAAGACUGCAAAGACGCGACCGAGGUCGGUCCUGUACUCUCGUGAUAGCCUGGUCUACAGCUGGUUCGCAGCUGUGCCGUCACGAGAGUUUUGAUGUAAAUAGAUAGAACAUUAUUAUUUGAUAGAAAAGUCACGAGAAAACAAAUGAUACUUGGAGGUGAGAGGAAGAGAGGAGGAGAUACGCUUUUGACGAUCGAAACAUUUCAAACAGAAGAGAGAUAUUUCGAGUCCUUUCACUCGAAAUCUGCGUCUUCCUUUGGGAAAAUUGACGAUUGAAUAUCAUCGCGCAAAUAGCUAAUAUUAUGGACUUUAUAGUGCGUAAUUCUACAAAUGCGGCGAAUCGUUGUGCCGUUGAAUUUUUCGAUAGUCGGUAUCUGAAAAUACUGUCAUCUACAGAAGACACUUCGAUAGUCGAUAUUUUAAUUCUUGGCGAUCCACAACUUUUCAAUUGUCGCACAAUAUUGAAAGUUUUUUUUAUUAUUAGAGUUUUUGCUUCUUGAAAGAUUGGAAUAAACUUACAGAGUUCGGAAUACAGCAAUGAUAGCAAAGGAUGGAUCGUUAAGAAUUAAUCAGCAGGCUGUGAAAACUGUUGCGAACAUAGCUUAUAUGAUCAUACUAGAGUAACAGUACUAGAGUAAAAUCAA